UUUGAAAGGCAUUAUGGCAUUAAGAUUUCCAAGGUUUAGCCAAGGGUUAGCUCAGGACCCCACUACUCGUCGUAUUUGGUUUGGUAUUGCUACCGCACAUGACUUCGAAAGUCAUGAUGAUAUUACUGAGGAACGUCUUUAUCAGAAUAUUUUUGCUUCCCACUUCGGUCAAUUAGCAAUAAUUUUUCUGUGGACUUCCGGAAAUCUGUUUCAUGUAGCUUGGCAAGGAAAUUUUGAAUCAUGGGUACAGGACCCUUUACACGUAAGACCUAUUGCUCAUGCAAUUUGGGAUCCUCAUUUUGGUCAACCGGCCGUGGAGGCUUUUACUCGGGGUGCUCUCGGCCCAGUGAAUAUCGCUUAUUCUGGUGUUUAUCAGUGGUGGUAUACAAUCGGUUUACGCACUAAUGAAGAUCUUUAUACCGGAGCUCUUUUUCUAUUAUUUCUUUCUGCCAUAUCCUUAAUAGCAGGUUGGCUGCACUUACAACCGAAAUGGAAACCGAGCGUUUCGUGGUUCAAAAACGCCGAAUCUCGUUUGAAUCAUCAUUUGUCAGGACUCUUCGGUGUAAGUUCCUUGGCUUGGACAGGGCAUUUAGUACAUGUCGCUAUUCCUGGAUCCAGAGAGUACGUUCGAUGGAAUAAUUUCUUAGAUGUAUUACCGCAUCCCCAAGGGUUAGGCCCACUUUUUACAGGUCAGUGGAAUCUUUAUGCUCAAAACCCCGAUUCGAGUAGUCAUUUAUUUGGGACCUCCCAAGGAGCAGGAACUGCCAUUCUAACCCUUCUGGGAUUCCAUCCACAAACACAAAGUUUGUGGCUUACUGAUAUUGCUCAUCAUCAUUUAGCUAUUGCAUUUGUUUUUCUUGUUGCUGGUCAUAUGUAUAGAACUAAUUUCGGGAUUGGACACAGUAUCAAGGAUCUUUUAGAUGCACAUAUUCCUCCAGGAGGACGGUUGGGGCGUGGGCAUAAGGGUCUUUAUGAUACAAUCAACAAUUCGCUUCAUUUUCAAUUAGGCCUUGCUCUAGCUUCUUUAGGGGUUAUUACCUCCUUGGUAGCUCAACACAUGUAUUCUUUACCUGCUUAUGCAUUCAUAGCACAAGACUUUACUACUCAAGCUGCAUUAUAUACCCAUCACCAAUAUAUCGCAGGAUUCAUCAUGACAGGAGCUUUUGCUCAUGGAGCUAUAUUUUUCAUUAGAGAUUACAACCCGGAGCAAAACGAAGAUAAUGUAUUGGCAAGAAUGUUAGACCAUAAGGAAGCUAUCAUAUCUCAUUUAAGUUGGGCCAGUCUCUUUUUGGGAUUCCAUACCUUGGGACUUUAUGUUCAUAAUGAUGUCAUGCUUGCUUUUGGUACUCCGGAAAAGCAAAUUUUGAUCGAACCCAUAUUUGCUCAAUGGAUACAAUCGGCUCAUGGGAAAACUUCAUAUGGGUUCGAUGUACUUUUAUCUUCAACGAGCGGCCCGGCAUUCAAUGCGGGUCGAAGCAUCUGGUUGCCGGGUUGGUUAAAUGCUGUUAAUGAGAAUACUAAUUCAUUAUUCUUAACAAUAGGGCCUGGAGACUUGGUCCAUCAUGCUAUUGCUCUGGGUUUACAUACAACUACAUUGAUCUUAGUAAAAGGUGCUUUAGAUGCACGCGGUUCCAAGUUAAUGCCAGAUAAAAAGGAUUUCGGUUAUAGUUUUCCAUGCGACGGCCCUGGGCGAGGAGGUACUUGUGAUAUUUCGGCAUGGGACGCAUUUUAUUUAGCAGUUUUUUGGAUGUUAAAUACUAUUGGAUGGGUUACUUUUUAUUGGCAUUGGAAGCAUAUCACAUUAUGGCAGGGUAAUGUUUCACAGUUUAAUGAAUCUUCCACUUAUUUGAUGGGCUGGCUAAGAGAUUAUUUAUGGUUAAACUCUUCACAACUUAUUAAUGGAUAUAACCCUUUUGGUAUGAAUAGUUUAUCGGUCUGGGCAUGGAUGUUCUUAUUUGGACAUCUUGUUUGGGCUACUGGAUUUAUGUUCUUAAUCUCCUGGCGGGGAUAUUGGCAAGAAUUGAUUGAAACUUUAGCAUGGGCUCAUGAACGCACACCUUUGGCCAAUUUAAUUCGAUGGAGAGAUAAACCUGUGGCUCUUUCUAUUGUGCAAGCAAGAUUGGUUGGAUUAGCCCAUUUUUCUGUAGGUUAUAUAUUCACCUAUGCAGCUUUCUUGAUUGCCUCUACGUCGGGAAAAUUUGGCUAA